AUGUCUAUAGACGAGCGGAUCUCAAUCAAGGACUCUUCUUGUUUUUGCCCACCCGCCACCAUCCCCGCAUUCACUAUAUUCAUUCUCUCUUUUUCUGUGAUAUGCCGUCACAUACUCUCUAUUUAUUUUUCUCCUUUUGUUUUCUUUCUCACUCUUACUAUAAUUAUUGUCUCGUCAUAUUUACUCUCUGUCUCUCUCUCUCUCAGUUCGAUUCCUUAUUAUAUGUUUGAAAUAAGAAAGUUUAUUCAUCCUUCUCUCACUUUUUCACUAACCCUCUUUUUCUUUCGUUCUUUCUUCCUUGGUAUAAUUUUUAUCUUUAUAUUUACUCUUCCUCUCUUUCUCUUUUAUCUCAGUUCACGCUCUUCUUUUUCUUUCUUUCUUUUUUCUCACUAUUACUAUAUUUUUUUAUCUUCCUAUUUACUCUCUUUCUCUUUCUCACACUCUCUCAGUUCGCUUCCUUAUUGCAUGUUUGAAAUAAGAAAGUUUAUUCACGAUUCAAUCUCGUAUUUGCACUCUUUCUUUUCCUUCUUUCUUUCAUCCUUUCUUUCUUUCUCACUCUUAAUAUACUUUUUUUCGUCAUCAUAUUCUAUUUCUCUUUUCUCUCUUUUCUCUUUCUUUCACUAUUACAUGUUUGAAAUAAGAAAAUUUAUUCAUCUUUAUCUCACUUUCUUAUUCGGGCUCAUUUUCCUUUCUUUCUUUAAUUCUUUAAUUCUUUCAUUCUUUCUUUCUUUCUUUAAUUCUUUCUUUCUUUCUUUCUUUAAUUCUUUCUUUAAUUCUUUCUUUCUUUCUUUAAUUCUUUAA